AAAAUAAGCAUGAAUUAGUUAAUGUCGUAAGAUAACGUAAGGCAAGCUAGCAAUGAUCAACCUAAUUCUUAUACUGUCAUUGUUGUCGUAAACACACCUUAAUCCACUUUCACUUUAUCAAUAUCUAUCGACCCAAGCAUUCCAUUUAAUUAGUUUAUAAUUGGAAUCAAAGAAUAAAUAUUUGCUCAAAAAAUGCAAGCACAAUAUGAAGACACGAUUGAAUAUUAGUUGGGAAAUGGAUCCCUUAUUUAGUCAAACGAAUCGAGAACUUUAUAGAGCUUGGGGUUCACUAAUAAUUGUACAAUCUAUGUUAGACUUAAGCUCAAAGGAGGAAAAUGA